AAAAAUAACUCACAUAUAAAUCGUACAAAAUUUUAAAUUGUCCCGAUCUGAACCUAAUCACGAACAUAUUUGUUUGUUGUUAUUCCUUUGACUCCUAGUAUAGUUAGGCUAAGUGCUAUUUGAAUUGCCUUUUUAAACUAAUUUUUUAUUGAAAAAAUUCAUCAAGUCUUAAACUUUUUCUUCACUUUUAGAGUUGAGUAUGGGAGAAUACUCUACAAAUACACCUCUAUUAUCAAGUACUGACACAACCCAUUUUGAUCUUGAGAAGAAAUCAUCAUCUUUUUUGAAAUUAUCAGUAAAAUGGGUUUUAAAAUUAUUAAUUUGGGUUGUAUUUAUUUCCUGGAUUUCCCUUAUGUUUUUCUAUCCUUCAAAGUUUGUGAAUGAUGUAUUUUUCAAUACAUGGGUUACUGCUACUAAAGGAACAUUCUUUGGGCUCCCAGGAAGUUUAUUUUUUGCCUUCUCUGCACCAGUUCUCAUAUUGGCAUUUCUUGCUGUUUUGUAUCUUCUCGUCUCAGAAGAUCAGAUUGAAGAGAAGAAAACUUCAAAAUGUCCAUCUUACAGGCUAUGGACAUUCCCUGUAUUGGUGAAUGGGCCAUUUGGAGUGGUGACUGCAGCAGAAUUGAUAGGCAUACUCUUGGUGGUUGCAUUCGUAGUCUGCGCUUGUAUAGCUUAUGGCAUACGUAUCUUCACCGAAGUUCCUCAAAGGCAUAACUUCGAAUUCUCCGAGAGGUGUUUGAAGAUUGAGAUUGCCGGAGCUAAAAUUGGGUUGAUUGGGUUGUUUUGCUUAUCGCUUUUGUUUAUCCCUAUUUCGAGGGGGUCUAUGCUUCUUCGCCUUGUAGACAUUCCAUUUGAGCAUGCUACAAGAUAUCAUGUUUGGUUAGGACAUCUUACCAUGGUCCUCUUUACUUUACAUGGAGUUCUUUAUGUGAUCGCUUGGGCAAUGGAGGGUCGAUUGAUUGAACAAUUAUUGGAAUGGAAAGAUAUCGGUGUGGCUAAUCUUGCGGGUGUCAUAUCUCUUGCUGCUGGGAUCUUGAUGUGGGUGACUUCCCUUCCCGGAGUAAGAACGAAGAAUUUCGAACUAUUUUUCUAUACCCAUCAACUCUAUGUUGUCUUUGUCAUCUUCCUAGCUUUGCACGUUGGCGACUUCAUCUUUCUCAUGGGUGCCGGAGGCAUAUUUCUCUUUAUACUUGAUCGUUUUUUGAGAUUUAUCCAAUCUCGUAAAACCGUUGAUGUAAUCUCUGCCACUUCUCUUCCUUGUGGAACUGUGGAGCUAGUGCUUUCAAAACCUGCAUGCCUUAAGUAUAAUGCUCUCAGCUUUAUUUUUCUUCAAGUUCGGGAAUUAUCUUGGCUUCAAUGGCAUCCGUUCAGCGUCUCAUCUAGCCCACUGGAGGGUAAAUACCAUCUUUCGGUUCUCAUAAAAGUUCUUGGAGAGUGGACGGAUAAUCUUAAAGGGAAAAUUUCAAACAAAGAAAACGAGCCUCAGAAGCUUCUUGAAGAUCAGCUAAAGUCCGUGCUGACUGCUUCUGUAGAGGGGCCUUACGGACAUGAAUCACCAUAUCACUUAACGUACAAGUACUUGGUUUUAGUAGCUGGUGGAAUCGGUAUUUCUCCUUUUCUCGCUAUCCUAAGCGAUGUUAUUCACCGUCUCAAAGAGGGAAAACCUUGCACACCGAAGAACAUCAUGAUUGUUUGGGCCAUAAAAAAGUCGGAUGAACUUACACUUCUUUCGAUGAUAAAUACCGACUCCAUCGAUCCCAUUUUCUACGAUGCCUUAAACCUAGACAUCCAAAUUUAUGUCACUCGAGAAACGGAACCUAAAUUGGAAGAAGGGAAUGCGUUUGGAACGAUGAACACGUGCACAUAUCCCAUCUCAAAACGAUCUGCCAUCUCGGUUUUGGUUGGUACAGGCGAUACCAUAUGGUCUGGUCUGUACAUCGUUGCUUCUUCAAUCGGGUUCUUAAUCUUGCUAGCUUUGGUAGAUCUCCUUUACAUAAAUCCGAAGGGUAUAGUUACUUGGUGGUACAAAGGCUUUCUUGUGGUAGUGUGCAUGUUAGCAGGUGUUGCGAUUUUCGGGGGGCUAACCGUGGCCCUUUGGCAUCGAUGGGAGCGGAGAAUGUUGGCGUCCGAAAGUCAUGACUAUGACUCUAAGAAAACUAACAAGUCGCUCAAUAAUGUGGUGGUCGAGCACAAGAAUUCUAGCCAACAGUAUCUUGUGAAUUCAAGCACUCUUCGUUAUGGAUGUCGACCCAAUUUCGAAGAAAUAUUUGCAUCAGUGUCAGACAAUUGGGGAGCAGUUGAUGUGGGUGUGUUAGUAUGUGGCCCUGAAACUCUUACUUCAAGUGUUGCUAAGGAAAUAAGAUCACACAGCCUUAAUAGAAAGCCUAACCAUCCAAUUUUCCACUUCAAUAGCCACAGCUUUGAUCUUUAGAUCAAAUAUACUUUGUUUAUAUACUUUGUUUUGUUGUAUUAGAGAUUGGGCUUUGAUAUUAUUUAUUUAAAAAAUGUAAAAAACAUAUGUAUAUUAUGUAAAGGAGAUAAUUGAUAUAGUAUAUUUUAGAUGUAUAAUUUUAAUCAAAUAAUAAAAUAAAAUAAUGUGGUAAUCGUACAAAAUAAUGUUGGUUUAAUAA